UGCCACCUGGUUACCAUGAUGACAGCCAUGUGGGGUCAUGCUCCCCAACCCCAAGUUCGAGGCCCCCCACCACCCAGGCUCUCUGGAGGUUCCCUAGCAACAGACCCGGUGUUGGGGCACCAGCCGGCGGGAGGGAGCCAGGCCAGCUGGUGGUGCCGGCCAAUUUUAGCUCCCGCCCCCGGCCCCUGAGGGCCUUGUCACCCACUGCCCCAGCUGCCCCUUGCAGGGGUCCCUCAGCCACGCUGCCUUCAGUGGGGUGCCAGCCCAGCCCCAGUUGGCUCCCCUCGUACCACCUGCUGGGGAUUCUUCUCCAAGCCCUUAUCUGGCAUGGCACCCUGGGCAUUGGCCGCUCCUCGGACAAGGGACCGUCCUGGUCCAGCCGCUCCCUGGGUGCCCGCUGCCGGAACUCCAUCGCCUCCUGUCCCGAAGAGCAGCCCCAUGUAGGCAACUACCGCCUGCUGAGGACCAUCGGGAAGGGCAACUUUGCCAAAGUCAAGCUGGCCCGGCACAUCCUUACCGGCCGGGAGGUGGCCAUCAAGAUCAUCGAUAAAACCCAGCUGAACCCCAGCAGCCUGCAGAAGCUGUUCCGAGAAGUCCGCAUCAUGAAGGGCCUAAACCACCCCAACAUCGUGAAACUCUUCGAGGUGAUCGAGACAGAGAAGACCCUGUACCUGGUGAUGGAAUAUGCAAGUGCUGGAGAAGUGUUUGACUACCUCGUGUCACACGGCCGCAUGAAGGAGAAGGAAGCUCGAGCCAAGUUCCGACAGAUUGUAUCGGCUGUUCACUACUGUCACCAGAAAAACAUUGUACACAGAGACCUGAAGGCCGAGAACCUCUUGCUGGACGCCGAGGCCAACAUCAAGAUCGCCGACUUUGGCUUCAGCAAUGAGUUCACGCUGGGCUCGAAGCUGGACACGUUCUGCGGGAGCCCCCCGUACGCCGCCCCGGAGCUGUUCCAGGGCAAGAAGUACGACGGGCCGGAGGUGGACAUCUGGAGCCUCGGCGUCAUCCUGUACACCCUCGUCAGCGGCUCCCUGCCCUUCGACGGGCACAACCUCAAGGAGCUGCGAGAGCGAGUCCUCAGAGGGAAGUACCGGGUCCCUUUCUACAUGUCAACAGACUGUGAGAGCAUCCUGCGGAGAUUUUUGGUGCUGAACCCAGCGAAACGCUGUACUCUCGAGCAAAUCAUGAAAGACAAAUGGAUCAACAUCGGCUAUGAGGGUGAGGAGUUGAAGCCAUACACAGAGCCCGAGGAGGACUUCGGGGACACCAAGCGAAUCGAGGUGAUGGUGGGUAUGGGCUACACGCGGGAAGAAAUCAAAGAGGCCUUGACCAGCCAGAAGUACAACGAAGUGACCGCCACCUACCUCCUGCUGGGCAGGAAGACUGAGGAGGGUGGGGACCGGGGCACCCCAGGGCUGGCCCUGGCACGGGUGCGGGCGCCCAGCGACACCACCAAUGGAACAAGCUCCAGCAAAGGCACCAGCCACAGCAAAGGACAGCGGAGUUCCUCCUCCACCUACCACCGCCAGCGCAGGCAUAGCGACUUCUGUGGCCCAUCCCCUGCACCCCUGCACCCCAAGCGCAGCCCAACCAGCACAGGGGAGGCGGAGCUGAAGGAGGAGCGCCUGCCAGGCCGGAAGGCGAGCUGCAGUGCCGUGGGGAGUGGAAGCCGAGGGCUGCCCCCCUCCAGCCCCAUGGUCAGCAGCGCCCACAACCCCAACAAGGCAGAAAUCCCAGAGCGGCGGAAGGACAGUACGAGCACCCCUAACAACCUCCCCCCCAGCAUGAUGACCCGCAGAAACACCUACGUUUGCACAGAACGCCCGGGGGCUGAGCGCCCAUCCCUGUUGCCAAAUGGCAAAGAAAACAGAGCUGGAGAGAAGCCCCCAGAUUGUCACAGCUUCAACAUCCUCUGCUCGGGGACCCCACGGGUGCCCCCCGCCUCCCCCUCCAGUCACAGCCUGGCUCCCCCAUCAGGGGAGCGGAGCCGCCUGGCACGCGGCUCCACCAUCCGCAGCACGUUCCACGGUGGCCAGGUCCGGGACAGGCGGGCAGGGGGCGGGGCAGGUGGGGGCGUGCAGAAUGGGCCCCCCGCCUCUCCCACGCUGGCCCAUGAGGCCACACCCCUGCCCACUGGGCGGCCCCGCCCCACCACCAACCUCUUCACCAAGCUGACCUCCAAACUGACCCGAAGGGUCACAGACGAACCUGAGAGAAUCGGGGGACCUGAGGUCACAAGUUGCCAUCUACCUUGGGAUCAAACGGAAACCGCCCCCCGGCUGCUCCGAUUCCCCUGGAGUGUGAAGCUGACCAGCUCGCGCCCGCCCGAGGCCCUGAUGGCAGCUCUGCGCCAGGCCACGGCAGCUGCCCGCUGCCGCUGCCGCCAGCCACAGCCGUUCCUGCUGGCCUGCCUGCACGGGGGUGCGGGCGGGCCCGAGCCCCUGUCCCACUUUGAAGUGGAGGUCUGCCAGCUGCCCCGGCCAGGCCUGCGAGGAGUUCUCUUCCGCCGCGUGGCGGGCACUGCCCUGGCCUUCCGCACCCUCGUCACCCGCAUCUCCAAUGACCUCGAGCUCUGAGCCGUCACGGCCCUGGGUCCCCUCCUCUUUUCCUCUCCCACUUCGCUUCGGCAGGAGAGAAAGGGGAUCAAGGAGGGGAUUCUCCCUUUGUCAUCACUUCAGUUUCCCUGAAAUGGAUCUGGGGGCAGAGAUUGUCCCCUCUGCUGUUCUCUGGGGCCGCUGGGCAGGAGAGAAGAGCAAAGGGGCUUAGCAGGGGAAGCUGGCACCUUCCUGGAGCCUCCAGCUCGUCCUGUCCCCCCUCACCCUGCCGCGGGGUACCUGAGGAAACUUUGGGGGCAGGGUGGGGGCAGGAAGGGAAACAGGAAACUUCCAUUCCCCCCAACAGCUCAAGAAUUAGGCCUUGGGCAGGGGCAAGAAGAGUUGCUGAGCCUAAAGACUGGAUGGAGAACUGGGGUGGGUGGGGUCGGGAGUGGGGGUCAGAGAGGCAGAUUCCUUCCCCUCCCCAUCCCCUCCUGCUCGAACCCCACUUUCCUGCCCCAGGCUGGCGCGGGGCACUUUGUACAAAUCCUUGUAAAUACCCCCACACCCUCCCCUCUGCAGAGGUCUCCCGAGGAGCUGCCGCUCUCACCUCCGGUUUUUAAGUUAUUACAGCCCCACCCUCCUCCUGUCAGCCCCUCACCUGCAGCCUGUUGCCCAAUAAACUUAGGAAGUCCCCCCUCCCC